GCGGCCCCCGGGAGCGGCGGCGGCCAUGGCAGACGAGGAGGAGGACGUGCCGUUUGAAGAAGACGCGGAAGAAGCCGGAGGGGGCCUGGACGGCGGGCAAGGCAGGAGGAAGAGGCUGUUCUCCAAAGAACUAAGAUGCAUGAUGUAUGGAUUUGGGGAUGACCAGAACCCUUACACAGAAUCAGUGGACAUUCUCGAGGACCUGGUAAUAGAGUUUAUCACAGAAAUGACACACAAGGCCAUGUCAAUCGGACGGCAGGGUCGUGUACAGGUUGAGGACAUUGUCUUUCUCAUCCGCAAGGACCCCCGGAAGUUUGCCAGAGUUAAAGACCUCCUAACUAUGAACGAAGAACUGAAACGAGCCAGAAAGGCCUUUGAUGAAGCGAACUACGGAUCUUGAUUCUGUGUGUAGGCUGCACUGGGGCAUUACUUGGGCACCUGCUGCCCAAGAGGAAGGAACAUCGUGUUGUUUGGAGGGGUUAUUCAGGAUGGAGGUCACUGCUGGGGUGUCUGCCCUCGGUCCCAGCCUUUUCUGAAAAGUACUCAAGCAGCUUAAUGUUAUCUGACUGUAUGUGGCAUACUUAUGUAUGUUUAUACCAUUUUAUGGAAUGAGAAAAGAGCUCUAAAGAUUUUGGUAAUGGCAGAAAGUCUGUCUGAAGUAGGCCUCUGUUGAAUCACAUAUUGAGAGGGCUAAUGCUGGGUGAUUCUCUACAAGUAUUUCAGUUAUCACUAGGUAUUCCCACAGUGGGAGACCUAGAAAAUAGAUCCUAAUUAACUGGACAAAGUUUUCAAAGGCAAACUACUAUGGAAGUUUUGCUCUUAGCUUGGUGUAUGCUCUAUGAAUAAAACAUUUUAAGUUUGUGCCCACUCUUCGUAACUAAACUUACCUUGACUAAUUCACGUGAAGUGCAUAAUAGAGAUUUUUUAGCACUUAAUUGGCUAGGAAGGUUAUUUUUUUCUUCUGUCCCAGUGGGCAGAGCUCUCUCGUUUUCCACCAAUAUUAAGCUUCAGAAAGGGAACUUAACUGAUUUACUUGCACAUACAGCCCAUUAGGCAGGUGCUCUACAAUAAAGCAGAUUCCUGUUCUUCA